UUUGAACUGACAGGCUUUCAUUAAUGUCACCGACAAAUUUUAACCAUGAGCUAACUGCUGUUAGACCCAGCUUUCUUGGUUUUGUGUCAAAGCCCCACAUCACCGAACCCUUCACCAGAAGCGAAGUUUUACUCCAGGAAGGAAGACCGAGGAAGCUUCCUAACUACAGCUUCAGCCUCGAGGUGGAUUGCCCAGCGAGGCGAAUUUCCUUUUUGAUGGAGCUGUCAGCUUGAAGUUUGGCAUCAGGGGCAGAAACUUUCCCAUCUGGUAGCUUGACCAGCAAAUAAAUGUCGGUAUCUUCUUGGAUUUUAGCUCAGUGAAUGGAAAUGGGUCCUUGGAAACCGCAAGAUUUGUUGGUUCUUUGAAUGCUCAGAGACUCUUCUUGUUCUUGAAUUGCAUUUGUACCGUCUCUCAUCUGCUCUUGCUUUAGUGGGUUUCCUCGUUUUAGAGGUUACCAGCUGGUUUUAGUGUUGUGGGGAGGGAUGAUGUCUGUUAUAUACGUUAAUCCCAUUUUGAGGCGAUAAUGACUCGUGAUGGAAAUGGACGUGGCGGACGCACGGAUUGUGAGUGGUUUUUAGCAGGAAUUCGUUUGUCAAAAUGAGGCCUUUGUUCAAGAGGGGUGUGAGUUUUGCCAACCAAAUGGUCACAGACCACUAUAAAGUCCGGGUCUUUGGUCCAUUCAAUGGAUUCGCCAUGAUCGGUUCGUUGUUCUCUUUCCUUGUAGUAAUAACCUGUGCAUGUCUGUUCGUCUUACCCAUUUUUGAACCGGCCAUAUACACAUCCGGGAUUCCCAAAUCUAGCGGUUCAAAUUUGAUGCGCACUUGCAAUGUGUUUGAAGGGAGUUGGAUACCUGAUGAAAGUUACCCCCUGUAUAAUGCCUCGCAAUGUCCAUUUGCUGAGCGUGGUUUUAAUUGCUUGGCUAAUGGCCGCAGAGAUAGAGGAUAUACAAAAUGGAGGUGGAAGCCUAAGCAUUGUGAUAUCCCACAGUUUGAUGUUCGCACGAUUCUUGAGUAUCUUCGUGGCAAGCGUGUUGUCUUUGUUGGUGAUUCGUUGGGUAGGACACAGUGGGAGUCUUUCAUAUGCAUGCUCAUGACGGGAGUGGAAGAUAAGAGGAGUGUAUAUGAAAUAAAUGGGAAUCAAAUCACUAAACAGAUCAGGUUUCUCAGCAUAGGGUUUAGCUCUUAUAAUCUCAGGGUCGACUUCUAUCGGUCAGUAUUCUUGGCACAGCCUGGUCCAGUGCCCAAGCGUGCACCCAAAAGGGUCAAAUCGACCAUUAGACUGGACAAGUUGGAUGAUAUUAGCCAAGAGUGGAUUGAUUCUGACUUUCUGAUCUUCAACUCAGGGCAUUGGUGGACACCUACAAAGCUCUUUGAGAUGGGUUGUUAUUUUCAGCUCGGUAAGUCCCUGAAGCUCGGGAUGCCAAUUGCAUCAGCCUUCAAAACUGCUUUAAAAACUUGGGCAUCUUGGGCUGAGAGCAAUGUCAACCCCAAUCGGACGUCUGUGUUCUUCCGGACAUUCGAGUCUUCUCACUGGAGUGGUCGAAAUCGCAAUUCAUGCAAAGUUACUCGAAGGCCCUCCUUGAAGACCAAAGGGAGGGACAAGAGCUCAAUCUCGGACAUAAUAAUGAAGGUCACGAAGCAAAUGGCAUUUCCAAUACGUGUGCUUCAUGUUACUCCGAUGGGGGCAUUCAGGAGCGACGCGCACGUCGGUACUUGGAGCGAUAAUCCAUCGGUGCCUGAUUGCAGCCAUUGGUGCCUACCAGGAGUUCCCGAUAUGUGGAACGAAAUCCUCUUCUCCUAUAUGCUGUCCAAGAAUGGCGAACUGUUCCAAUGAAUAACAACUGCUGCAACUUGCGGCUUAAACUCGGUUGCAAACGAACUGUUUCCUUAUUACCCAGAUUGAGAAUUCGAGGAAUAUAGGAAGCAGCACUUGUUAUGAUCUCUAGUGUUGGUAGUGUGAGCUGUCUGAUUGUUGGCUGGGAAAAUAUUAGUUCUUUCUGGGAUUAUGUUUCCUCUAGAUUGCUAUGUACUGCUGAUCAUCAGCAAGGAAAGGAGAUAUUAUGAACAGAUUUGAUAUGCAAUUGGACAUUAACAUUC